CAACCUCACUCUCCACCAGCUCCAAAAAGAGACUACACACAAAUCUCAAAAGCUUAUAGAAUCAGGAAGAAAAAGUACUGUAUAAAAAUUAAGGUCUAGGUAUGUUAGUAUGUUACAGAAGAAGGUGUGGGAUAUUACUCAAGAAAAUAUCAAGCUUCGAGGAGAAAUAGAGGAGCUAAAGAUUAAAGCAACUGCUAAUUGUUCUGAUACAAGUGAUACACAAAACAAAUCAGCCAAAGGAGAAAGACAGCAGCAUCCUUUGAAGGAUUUUGAGGACUAUAUUUAUAACAAAUUAGCGUUUAAGAUGAGAGUUAACCCUGAUGAAGUCAGAUUCUCAACACUAGAACAUGCCUGAGACAACACUAAUGAUUACUGAUCAACAAGGCUAUCUUAUUUCAAAUCUACAUUUAAAGAUCUCAUUGAAAGCAUCCUAUGUAAAGAAUCAAAAGUAUUUCUAAAAAUCCUAUCCAGCUUCAAAAUGUCUGAGAUAAUCAGAAGACUGAACACCAAGAAGAGAUACAAGAAAGAGGAAGAUAAGGCGACUGAAAAAUAUUUCAAUUAUGAAUGGAGUGAAGCUUUUGUGUCCUUCAUGUCAAAAGAAGGAAAGAAUUUAGCAAAGGCUUAUAAAUCAGUAGCCCAUGGAGUCCGAAACUUAGUAAAGGCAAGAAACCAAAUCUUGAACAGUAUAAACAACCUCAAGUCAAUCUUCGAUCGGCCGGAAGGCUACCUCUUCUACUCCAAAUCCGAUGUUGGCAAUAUCUUCACCUGCAUCGAAGACUUCUCCAGUCAAAACCUGCUCACCCCUCACAAUCUCUACAAUCUCCCAGUCAAAUCCCCAGGAGGUUCUGCUUACAAUGAAGCAGAACUAAGCGAAUAGCCCAAAAAAUAUUCAAUCAUAU